AUGGGGGCACCUUACCAGAACGGGAGGUCAAACUCUGGGACCAAUCAAUUCUCAGCGCUGACUGAAGUGCUCUUCCGCUUUCUAACGGAGCCCAAGGAGGUAGAAAGGUUUCUGGCUCAGCUCUCGGAUUUUGCCACCAUGAAUAAAAUCAGCUUGGGCCCCCUGAAAAACAUUGUCAAAAGUAUUCUUCUGGUACCUAAUGGUGCCCUGAAAAGGAAUUUGUCUUCUGAACAAGUCAGAGCAGAUUUUAUUGCUCUAGGCCUCAGUGAGGAGAAAGCCAGUUAUUUUGCAGAACAGUGGAAGGUGAAUUCCCCCACCCUAACACGCCUGGCUGUUGGUCAGACGCUGAUGAUUAACCAGCUGAUAGAUAUGGAGUGGAAGUUUGGAGUGACGGCUGGGAGCAGUGAACUGGAAAAAGUGGGAAGUAUCUUCUUACAGCUGAAGCUGGUGAUUAAGAAAGGGAGCCAAAUGGAAAACGUAUAUAUAGGCCUGCUCUUUCCCAGCUGACUCUAACACCCUGAUAAGAGAAGACAAGGCUGUGCAACAGGCAGUGGCGUCACGGCCCAGAAGGACCCAUCAAUCCUUCAGAACCUGAAACUUCAGCAAGUGUUUCGAAGCAGCUACAAGUCCACUCAUCUCUUUUUUUUAUACUAUUAUGAGAAAUUGCGGUCAGAAACAUGUGGAUACUUGUAUUAAAAUAGCAAAGAAAUAAACCCAUUCCCAUCCUGCUC